AUGGCUGAGUCUACAAUUUCUCCCCACAAAGUCAUCGCUUCGCGUUACUUUGACCAUAUUAAGUGGGGAGGACCUUGUCCGCAAUUGAGUGUUAAUCUGGCUGAGGAGGUGUUUGUUGAAAAAGAUCUGGAAAGAAUGUCAUUGUUACUGACACGUAUCAUUGAUGAUAUUUACGGAACGGAGGAAAUGGUACAAAAAAGGAGAAAAGAGUGGCUCUUCGCUACAAGUAUCGAAAAUGUGAAAACUAAUGAUGCAAUUUUAAUCCUUGCUGGCAGUAGAGGGGAUGGAUUUUCAAUAUAUUCUGCAGACACAGACAUGAUGUGUAUUAUACCAAACAUAGUUGCAGUUGCUGAUUUCGAUUUAUACCAUAAUCCUAGCGACAGUGUAAACAAGACUUUAUUGUUAACAAAGGAAAUUGAUUGCAGGCCAGGAUAUGUAGCAUUAGAGGUGGUGCAGAUUAGCGACGACCUGUCGACAGAUUUUCUAGCAGCUCUCGUUCCUGUUGGAGAUUCAAUAUUUCUGUCUAGCGAUAUUUUCAGAGAAGAAUUUAUAGACACAUAUAUUCAAAAAUCUUUGUACUCUAAUGGACCAUGUGUGACUUACACAUCUACACAUGAAUCAAUUGAUGUAGCAUUUGCGAUUCCACUGGCUCAUUGGCCUAAAGAAGGCGAAGAAUGGAAAAACCGGACUCGUUUUCAUGGAUGGCCAACUCAGUCAAUAACUGACAGGAUUGUGCGUGAAGGAUGUCAUCUAGUUCCGGUUGGUGAUAAGUGUUCAACAGACACACUACUACAGUGGAGGAUCUCGUUUGUCUAUGCAGAACAAAUCUUGGUGCGUUCUUUCACUCACUCACAGUUUAGAAUAUAUGGACUACUUAAACAUUUUCUUAACCAGAUCAAAGGUUUGCUGGUCCACAUUACAGGAGACGAUGAUAUACUUUGUUCGUAUUUCCUCAAAUCAAUAAUAUUUUAUGCAGUUGAAAAUACUACAUCUAGUUUAUGGACAGAAAAAAACACAUUGAUAUGUAUACGAUUUUGUCUCGCUGUUUUAAUUGCAUGGGUCAAAGCAGGAUACUGUCCGAACUACUUUGUUCAAAACAAUAAUUUAUUUCAGAGAAAAGUUGUAGGAGAAAACCGUCAAAAACUUUUACAUUUUCUAAUGGAUUGCUACGACUUGAAUUGGCCCCGAACGUCUUUGUCAGUAGAAUCAGUCAAACUCUUAGACCUCGAAACUCUGCUGCUGAAAGACCAAGAAAGGAGCCGUCGUCAGUACCGUGAAUGUGAAACGGAUUCAGACGUAUUCUUGCGACGCCUGUCAUCAUUUUCUUCGGAGUAUACAGAUUUGAAGAGACUGGGGGUAUAUUUCCAAGGCUUGACUGUAUCAGGAACGGAUGUUGCUGAAUUCAUAGCCUAUUAUGCAGUUGUAACCAGACUCUGCAGUCUUGCGAGUACACCACUGAAAGAAUACAACACCAGCUCUAUUAACAAGCAGAAAUAUAGAGCAAUGAAGAAAGCCAAACACUUGCUGGUGCCGAAAGCGUCAUUUUGUACCAGCCCUGGACUUCUGUUGUUGGCUACUUUCCACUUUCUUAUCGGUGAUUACCGUAAAGCACUUUUAAUGAGUGCUGAUGUGAUUUCAACUUCAAAAGUUUACGCGGAUAAGGGAACGCAGGAAUGUGAGGAAAAGUGCCAAAGACUGAACCCCGGAUUAGAAACCACGUUGUACCAAAAGAUGAGAUCAUGUGUUUACCCAAGUGAAGAAUUUACCAAAAAAAACAUUGCUCUAUGCUUACCUCAUUUGCACCUUGAAAUUACUAGAUGUAAAAGCUCGCUGCAGAUUCCUCCGUUAGCGUACGCGACAUUCCUAUCCUUUCUGUGUCACCAUGAACUUGGCAACUCCAGAAGACGUGACAUAGAGCUUCAUAACUUACAAGCGGCGAGCCACGACCCUGAACAAGGAGGACACCGUAACUGGAUAGUUCAUACAAUACUAGGAAUCAGUUUCCAAAUUGUAGGGGACAAACAUAUGGCAAUCAGGUCGUUUACAGAUUCACUGGAGGUGAUGCCGGAUAGUAAUCCCGCAAAAGAAAGAUUAGAGGCUCUUCGCAACAAUUAUUAA